AUGGCUACCCCAAGCCCCCCAAACCUCUCUAAAACACUUUCCGACAAGGCCAGCAACCUUCUCAAUAAGGUCAACGAUGCUCAAUCCAUCUUCAACCCAGUUACCCAACUCCUAGAUACCUACCUAGGCUCUGAGGAAGUCCGCGCUCUCCCACCGAGUUCACGAAAACUCCUCACCUCCCUUUGCCUUGAGUUUAAGGCAACCAUCGAACAGCACUUCGACGCCUUUGUUACUGGUCAUCCCCCCCCUAGGGGAGCUACUACUCCGCCUGAGCCAUAUAUAUACAAAGAUACCUCAAGAAAAAUCACCAAAACUCACCCCUUCUACGAAAUCUUCACUCCAUUAGACGAUUGGAAGGAAAACCCUCGUGUCCUCACCUAUAUCAGAAAAGAAAUAGGAAUUCAGAUCAACCAGAUCAGACCGAUAAUCUCCAGAGAUCUAAUAUUUAUACAAUUAAUAUCUACAAAUAAUACAAUAUUUACCAUUAUAAAUAUUUACAACGCUCCAACACAAUGCACAGAUGGCAAUCAAGCCAUCAAGGCACUCUUUGAACUCCAAAACUUCCCAAACAACGCCAUCCUACUAGGCGACUUCAACCUCCACCACCCCAACUGGAAUCCCCUCCAUCCAUCCCCUUCAACGCUAGCCGAACCCUUUGUAGAAUGGUCAAACUCCCGGAAUCUACACCUCAUCUCCCCAAUCGGAACUCCUACUCACUCAAAGGGAAACGUCUUGGACCUCACCUUCCUCUCAGGGCCCUAUACAGCGUAUACCGCCCUCGCUGAACAACUAGAGUGCACCUCAGAUCACAGCACCCUAAAAACCUACCUUCACUGGAAUUACCGAAGCCAAAAGCCUGCAAAGAAACUCAAGCUAAAUACAUUGAAUGAAACGCUCUUUAAAGACCUACUAGAAACUAAUCUCACCAACAUUGCAGCUAUCCCCAGGACACCCUCUCUAAGAGACCUAGAUCAAGCCGCAUCAUCCCUUACACAAGCCCUUACAAAAGCCUAUACAGGAUCUGCAAGAAGAUCCAUAAACGGGCCCCUUCAACAACCUUGGUGGAACAAGGACUGUAUAAAGGCUGUGUAUAAACAUAGAAUCACCAAUACACCUACAUCCAAACGCUCUCUUCGGAAAACAGUCCGAAAAGCAAAACACACCUUCUAUAUUACGAAAGUGGAUAAAGUAGAAGAUAUAAACGAUCCGAGGUUGACGACAUCCCAUUAUACCAACCCAAGAUCAUACCGACCAAUUGCCUUGCUCUCGGUCCUAGGCAAAGGCCUCGAAAGACUCAUUGCGAAGAAGGUAUCAUGGCUUGCUCUAAACUACCAAGUCCUAGCGAACCAGCAGCUCGGAGCUCUACCCUUGCGAUCCUCAGUGGACCUCACCACUUGCGUUACACACGACAUUGAGGCAUCCUUAAAACAAGGGUUAAAGACCACCCUGCUCACAAUGGAUGUAAAAGGUGCUUUUGACGCAGUGCUACCAGGAAGACUAGUGAAUCGCCUUCGGGAACAAGGAUGGCCAAACAACCUGGUUAGAUGGGUUCAGUCCUUCGCCACUAAUCGAUCCAUCAAGAUCCGACUAGACGGCGAGACUGGCCCGGAAACAAAGCUAGAAUGCGGUCUUCCUCAAGGUUCACCGAUCUCCCCGAUCCUGUUCAUGCUCUACAUCGCGCCUCUCUUCUGGAUGGGCAAACCACAGAGCAGAUUCGGAUAUGCAGACGAUAUCGCGAUACUAGCGACAUCAAACUCACUACAGACAAACUGCGAUUCUCUAAAAAUGGAUAUGCAAGAAACUCUCGAAUGGGGAAAAACCGAAGGUAUCACUUUUGACCCCAAGAAAUCUGAGCUUAUACACUUCUAUAAAGGACACCGAACACUAACGGAUACCCCUGCAAUACACACCGGAUCUAUGAAUAUAGAGGUCAAACCUGGCCCGCUCAAAUGGCUCGGAGUCCACUUCGAUAGGAAACUAUGCUUCAAACCACAUGUCCAGAUCCUCGCAGCCAAAGCCCUCAAGGGAGCCAACGCACUGAGAUCCCUCAGCAAUACACACCGAGGGAUACCCCCAUAUCUCACCAGGAAAGUGGCUGAAGCCUGCAUACUCAAAAAGUGCUAUUUCGCCUCGGAAACGUGGUGGCCAGGCCGAACCAGAACAAAGAAGAAUGCCCUAAACAACCCGAUCUCGAUCUCAAAUGUAGUGGACAGCCAUCUAAGCUUACUCAACAAAGUGGUAAUCACCUGUACAAGGGCAAUCCUCCCAGUAUACAAAACCACAAACACAGCAGUACUCUACGAGGAAGCCAAACUCAGACCAUCCGAGAUCGAGCUAAACCUGAUUUCACAAUUAUAUGCGGCACGAACCACCAGACUAGACCUUUACCAUCCUCUCAGGAUCAGAGCAGAGAACAUAACCAAAGCCAGAGAAUAUAACCGCACCCCAGAUACAAGAUUCGCAAGGCUCAUCACAGCAUUACCGGAGACUGAACACAUAAACCCCUUGGCCUUCCCACCCUGGGAAAUCAGAGAGUCGAGGGCAGAGGCCGAGGCCCGCAUCAAUGGUCCGAUGGGCAGAACGAAGGCACAAGCAGCCGAAGACUUCAAAGCCUUCCACGCCAAGAUCCCAAGAAGCGAUAUACAAAUCUUCUCGGAUGGCUCAAAAAGUGAAAGCAAGGAUGGCGCAACUGGGGGCGGAUUCGUAAUCUCACAAUUCGAUAUUCAGAUAGCACACCAUUCUUUCUCAUUAGGCACAAAUGCAGAAGUGUUCGAUGCAGAAGCCACAGCCGCAGUAGCAGGGGCAGCAAAAGCCCUCACUCUAGCAUCAACCAAACUGGCCACAGAUCUCUGGAUCUUCUUAGACAACCACGAGGCUGCUCUCCGAUUAGGAUCCCACUUCAAUGGUUCCUCACAGAGAGUCUUUGAAGACUUUCUGAAGCUCACACAAGCUUGGGCUGUUAGACCAAGGCUCCCACACACCUCCCCCGGGAAAAUCCGCGUCCGAUGGGUCCCAGGGCACCUGGAUAUCCCUGGCAACGAAAUAGCUGACAAAGCCGCUAAGGAAGGAACAAAACUCCCCUUUCCCCUCAACCCGAUCUGUACGCUAGCAUCCCUAAAAAGAAUGAUCAGAACAAGGGCCAACAAAGCAGACGAACAAUUAUGGAAUACAGUCAGCCCACAAUACUACAAAGAUCUCCAAUUCAACCACACUUCUAAUACAGACACCCUCUCUCUGAAGAGAGCCACACUCCACCAUAUUCUCGCUAUCAGAUCACAGCAUGGCGACUUCGCAGCAUACCAUGAACGCUUCAAUCACACUACAGCCCACGUCCAUUGCUCGUGCGGUAAAAGGAAAACUCCAUUACACUUUUUCUUUUGCAAAAAAGGAAAAGCCUUCAAAGCGCUCACAAAGAGCCCCCCCUCCGAAGCUAUCCCCUGGCUUCUAAGAAAUCCCACCGGUAUAGCCAAACUAGCCGAAUGGCUAGAAUACACCAAGUUCUACACAAAAAUCUGCCCGUGGCACACAGGUGCAAGAUAA